AUGGCGCCGCAGACGUCUAUUCCACUGGCAGCAAACGUACUAGGCACGCUGGGAACGGUGUUCUGGUGUGUACAGCUUGUACCGCAGAUAUGGCGCAAUUACCGGACAAAAAGCACAGUUGGGUUGCCGGAGUCGAUGAUGCUGCUUUGGUCGAUUAGCGGUGUGCCUUUUGGGGCGUAUGCUAUUGCACAGCAGUUCAACAUUCCGCUUAUUGUGCAGCCGCAGUGUUUUGGGGUACUUUGUGGGGUUAGCUGGGUGCAGUGUUUGGUAUACGGUCGAAAGUGGAAAGCGUGGACUGCAUCUCUUUUAUUGGUUGUCCUUCUUAUCAUCUUUGCUGGAGUAGAAGUUGGCCUUGUGUUUGCGAUUCGGCCGCCGUAUUCGAGAGGAGUAGAGUGGCCAGUAUUGCUAAUCGGCAUCGUUGCCUUCCUGACACUCAUCUCCGGCUACCUACCUAUUCCAUUCGAGCUUCUCAAACGACGUGGAAGAGUUGUUGGUAUCGAUUUCAUCUUCCUAGCGAUUGAUUGGAAUGGCGCGUUCUUCUCACUUAUGGCUUUGGUGGCUCAGAAUGAGUUUGACGCGCUAUUCGGCACUAUGUACGCAUUAUGUUGUGCUAUCGAGAUGAGUAUGGUCGUCUCGCAUCUAGUGUGGCUUCUUCGGACUCGCGAUAUUCGAAGGCGUGCCAAAGAAGCCGGUAAAACAUUUGAUGAAUACGAGGAGGGAAUUGAGUGGCAGUCAAAGGGAAUCGAUGUUGAGAAGCUCCUCAAGGGAAUGUUCGCUGGGAAAAACAAAAGGAAGGAAGAAGGAAGAAGCGCUGCCUUUGGUGACGUCGAGGCAUCUGCUACAUCGAAAGAAGUGACACCAAAGACUGUUCCGAAUGCCACUAAAUGA